GGGAAGGACCCGUGCACACUUAAAGCUGCUGUGGGGGCGAUCAAGGCACACAUCUGCACCUUGGUUACGACAGCACACACACAAUGACAAUUCUGGACGGACCCUCCUCCAACACUCCCAGGACUUUGUUUCCCAACAUGCAACUACGGGACACGUUAGAGCUACAGAAGGUCAGCAAGUUGCCAGUGAAAAGGGGGUGCAUGUGCAAUUUCUCCACAGCCUCAGGUGUACCUCUGUGGACUUGGCUGCUGCUGGGCAUGCUACUGGCUCCUGGAGCCUGGAGCCUCCUCGGUGAGGAGGAGGAAGAGCUGCUGGUUGAGCUCCACAACUACUACAGAGGACAGGUGUCCCCGAGUUCCUCUGCCAUGUUGCCCCUGAAAUGGGACCCAAGGCUGAAGCUACUGGCUGAGGGCUAUGCCGCCAAGUGCAUCUGGAACCAUAACCCAGACAAUGAGGACACCGGAGAAAACCUGUACGCUGGCACUGGACCCUUGGAUCUGCGGGUGGCGCUGGAGAAGUGGUUUCUGGAAAAUCUCUUCUAUGACUUUCAUAACAACAGUUGUGAUGAGGACAAGAUGUGUGGACACUACACACAGAUGGUGUGGUCGGAUACUCACAGAGUGGGCUGUGCCGCCCACCUGUGUAACAAAAUGGAGGGUCUGGCGUGGGAAAAGAUCUCUUUCCUGGUGUGCAACUACUACCCAGCUGGGAACUACGAAUCUGAGCGUCCUUAUGUGGAAGGAGACUCUUGCUCCCGAUGUCCGGAAGAACUACAAACAUGUGAAAACAACCUUUGUGUUCCUGACAUGGAUGACAGUGACGGUGGAGAAGAGGAAGAGGAGGAAGAUGCUGCAACAACAGAGUCAUUCUACCAGAUCACCAAAACCAGCACAACAGGCAGACAUAUGCCUCAGUCCAUAAUUCCCACUCUUCUUCCCCCUCUUCUGACAUUCAAGCCCAACUUCACCCCUGGUGAUAAAGAGGAUAAGGAAAAGGGUGUACUUGUUCAUCCUCUCGCAACAACAGAGUCUCACCACGACAGGGAUAUCACCACCAGAACUAGCAGGACCACCCAUUCGUCAAUGACCCCAACUCUUCCUCUUGUGACACCCAAGCCCAAAUUGUUCUCAGGUGAGGAAGAAGAGGAGAAGGAGGGUGUGCUAGUUCUUUCCCUUGCAACAACAGAGUCAUACCACCAAGCGGACAUCAGCAGCAGCCCAGGGGAAAGCAGCUAUGAAGAAGGAGGAGGAUUCAAAGACAGGACAGGACAACAAGAAACAAGACUUGAGGGCCUGCCAAUCAUAACAAUACCUCAAAAAGAGAUUACGAGUGAGGCAUCCUCACUAUCUUCACCUACACUCGUGCUUGCCUCUUUACUCUUCUUUAACUUCAUCCUCAUCAUGCUACCAUUGUGAAAAACAGGACAACACACAUGCACACCAGCACACAUGUACAAACACACAUCUCUAUCAGUUUGUAAAAAAAUACUAAUCAUGAAAAUGCUGUGGAUGUGGGGAUGUGUGUACAUUUACAGUAUCGGAAAUAUAUUUCAGUAUAUUAAGUACAAUAUUUACACGCAGCAUGGUCACCUUUGAGAGGUUCUGGUUUCGAAAGUCAACUCAUACUCUGCUGUGAGUUUUUAGGUUUUAUGACUAACUCGAUGAUAUUGAGCAAUGGAUGCAAACAAACCUGAUGAGAUAACUAGGCGAGAGUGACGAUUGUUAGUUUUCUUUAGUCUGCUGCUAAAUGUAAAUCCUUCAAGGUGUCCCUUUAAUGAACUUGAGUGACACGAGGACA